AUGGCCUUCUUGCGACCCUACGAGGAGUCUGACUUCGAGGCCUGCGCUCACAUCUGCCGCGCCACCCUUCCGCCUUCCCUCUCAUCAACGCCCAUAGCCACCAAGCUGUCGCCGUACCUGUGGACGCACCAGUACACGUACCUGUCGCCGGCGACGUGCCACAUCCUGGACGACGGGGCGGGGCAGGCGGUGGGGUACUGCAUCGGGUGCCCGGACGUGUUCGCCUUCGCCGAGGCGUACCCGCGCUACGUCGAGGGCCCGCUGGCGCGCGACGUGGCGCGGCCGGCGGACCUGGAGCACCGCGAGCCGUGGACCAUCCUGGACGACGGCAUGGUGGACGGGCGGCUGUCCAAGGUCAACGUCGCGGCCAUGGCGCAGACGGCCUACAGCGCGCGCUGGCUGCUGUUCGACGGCAACGAGCACCUGACGGCCCGCUGGCGCGCCACCAUGCACAUCGACAUGCUGGAGCCGUACCAGGGCAAAGGCUGGGGCCGCAAGCUGAUCGAGCGCUUUGUCGACAGUGUGCAGCAGAGCGGGGCCGACUACGGGGAAGGUGUGUGGAUCGGUAUCGGUGGGGAGAACACAAAGGUGGUCAAGUUCUACGAGAGGGUCGGAUUCCGUGUCGUAGAGAAGCCCGGCGGCAAUGCCGACGGCGGUGCGGACGGUGUCAACAUGGUGAGGGAUAUCCCGCGAUCAGUGACAUAA